AUGAAUGCCACGGACGAUCGUCUCGACGAAGUUAUUGCUGGCAUCAUAAUGGGGGUGAUCGGUACGUUUGGUAUAAUUAUGAAUCUAACUGUAGUCUAUCUUAUCUGUUGCACAUCUUCGUUCCACAAUGCAUUCGGCUACAUUUGCGCUUCACAUCUAUUGGCCGAUGUAGGAUUAUUGACAGCUUUCUUAUUUUGGGCUACUCCUGCUUCUUUACUCGGUCUACCGCAAACGGUUACCGAUUCACUUGUUGGAAAGAAAAUUGGGCAGUUCUCAAUGCUUUUUUGGUAUGCAUCUAUGUACGGGCAGCUGCAAUUAGCAGUUAAUCGGUUGCUGUCUAUUCUUACUCCCAUACGCUACAACAACAUCUUCUCAAAACAACGAACAUUCCAGAUCUUGGGAAUCUUUUGGAUUAUUUCAUUUCUGCACAUCGUUCUCUACUUCUGGGAUGGCUGCGACUUCAGAUACGAUGUUCAUUCGCUAGCGUGGUUGUACGCGGAUACACCUUGCGGUACGCUCAUCUCGUUUUAUGGAGACUUUGCACAUGGUACAGCUCUUUGCAUUAUUGUCAUAUCCAUGAACACAGUCACUUGUGUGGCAAUUUGCAAAGAAGCAAAGAGGUUGUCUCGCUCAACUAAUCGAGCAAAUGACAUGGCGAAAUUCAAAAGAAAUAUCCAGUUGUAUAUACAGGUCUGCAUACAAGCUUGCUGCUUUGCCUUAAUGAUCUCGUCUUUCCAUCUGAUAUCCAGACUAACGCAAGGAAAGUGGCCAUCAUUCUUUUUAACAACAUUUGUUUGGGAAACUUGUCAUGCACUUGAUGGAGUAAUCAUGUUUUUCUGCUGUGAUAACUUCCGCAGGAUUUUGUGUCGGCCUGCCAACAUACUUCGUAUUCAACUCAAUGGAGAAAAAAUAACGAAAAGCGUACUCAUCAGUACGCGGACAAGAAUCUGA